AUGGUUGGUGGUCGCCUGCGUUGCCUGAGCUGCUUCUCCACCCACAUCGAGCUGCUUCUUCACCUGCUGCUUCUCGGGGUCUGCUUACAUGAUGUGGAGGCUUCCAGCUGUGAUCUCACCGUCCAUAAACAAGUUGGAGACACCGUGGAGUUUUCAUCAUGCUUGGCACCUGGUAGAGUCGACUUCUCAGAAUGGAGAUUUAAUAAGAAAAACAUACUGCACGAUUUUAGGUUUGACGGCAGAGUCAAGAUGAACCCAGCAAACUUCAGUCUAACACUGAUGAAACUGACUCUUCAAGAUUCUGGUACUUUCAGUUUUAUCUCAGAGGUAAAUGAUAAGCAAGUGGACACAGUCACCAUCCGUCUUCAAGUUCACGAGCCCUUGACUCCGCCCCACCUCAGCUUCAACUCCACCUUUCAUCCUUCAAACGAGUCCUGCACAGUUUCCCUGGAGUGCGUUUCGACCCCCGACAGCAACGUCAGCUACAGCUGGAGCGUGAGGAACCAGACCCUGGUCGGCUCCAGGCUGUGGUACAACAUCCGGCCAGAGGACGGAGAAACCAAGUUCACCUGCACCAUCUCCAACAGUGAGAGCUCCACAUCGGAAACAGUGACGUGUAGAAACAGCAGCUCGGACUCAUACCAGGAGAAACAAAAGAUCUUCUUCUUCGCGGGGUUGGCGGCAGGAGGAGUUCUGAUUGUUGGCCUGGUGGUAGUUAUCUGUGUGUGUCACUGCAAACAGAGACCAGCUGACGUGGACUCCACUGACCUGACGGUGUACGCUGACAUCGCUGAGGUUGCAGUUGCUGAGGAGUCGAACGUCCCGAGGACAUCCAUGAAGUGCUCGGUGUAUGAAACCGUUGGUGACCAUGGCAACGCAGUGAAACCUGGGCCUCACACUGUGUAUGACAAGAUUCAGCUUGGUCGCAUGAGGGAGGAGCCGAUGUCCUUGUACCAGGAGAUCCAGGGGAUCAGCAAGUAAACUGGAAUGCUGAGAGUCCGGAGCUCCACUUCCUCGUCAGCAGCUUCUAUAGAAACUUUUAUUUGGGUCCUGAGAGAUUUUAGAACCUCGUGUUUAUCAGGAUUUUAUCAAAGUAUAUUAUUAGAACCAAUGAAAUGCAAUUUAACUUAAAAGCUAAACAAAUGAAAUGCCAUAUCCUGUGAAAUCCAUAAUAACUGAAAUGUGUAUUAUUGAAAUUCAAUCUCGUUGGCAGUGCUGUAAAUUCUGUAAAUACAGAGAAUAUAUUUUGUAGAAUGUUUUGUGCAUAUUUGCAUUUCAAUGACUAAAGUUGGCUAUAUUUGCUUUUAUGA